AUGCGCGCAUUAAUCAACCGUCUGGCCUUGAUGGCCGUGGCAGCCAAUCUCGCGGCCACAGCGCCUGUUGAACCUCGUCACCAGAAACCAACGCCUAAAGAGUAUUAUAUCUCUUUCGGUCCUCGUCCUUAUUACCUCAUUCAAAACAUGACCGACAGCCCUCUCAAGAAAAAACUGGAGUCUUGUGAGAAUGGACCUUUCGAGAUCACUUCCUGGAGCAUUGGUCAUCGAGGCGGUGGUACUCUGCAAAUUCCCGAAGAGACGGUGGAAUCCACCAUGGCUGGUGCACGAAUGGGGGCGGGUAUCCUCGAGUGUGACGUGUCUUUCACCUCAGAUCUAGGCCUCGUCUGCCGACACUCCCUCUGCGAUCUGCAUACCACAACCGACAUCCUGUUGAGACCUGAACUUGCCGCCAAAUGCACACAACCGUUCACGCCGGCGAAUGAGACCCACGAUGCUGACGCUCUCUGCUGCACCAGCGACAUCACCAAGGAUGAAUUCAUGUCCCUCUGCAGCAAAAUGGAUGGGUUCAAUGCCAGUGCCACCACACCUGAAGACUACCAAUCCGGAACUCCAUCCUUCAGAACGGAUCUCUAUAACACCUGUGGACAAGUCAUGUCUCUGGACAGCUACAUUGAACUGGUGGACUCGUUGCCCGGAUAUCGAAACUUUACUCCGGAGUUGAAGACCCCACCUGCUCAAGUGCCCAUGCCAUUCCAUGGUUACACCCAGGCUCAGUAUGCAAGAGACAUGAUCGAGACAUUUAUUGCACACGGAAUCUCGGCUGAUCGUGUCUACCCACAAUCCUUCACACCAGCUGACAUCUAUCUCUGGCUGAAUGAAUAUCCCGAGUGGGGGGCUCAAGCAGUCUUCUUGGACGAAGACGGUGAUGAUCCGGCCAACUUCACCACUGCAGUCAACCGUCUUCCUGCUCUGAAAGCCAGCGGCGUGAACAUCAUUUCUCCUCCCAUUAACUAUUUGAUGACCGUCGGAGGGCCAAAUAAUGACACGAUCGUCCCCUCGAUUUAUGCUACCACUGCCAAGGAGGCGGGUCUUGAAAUCAUUGCCUGGUCUUUUGAACGAUCUGGACCCUUGACCCAAGUGGCUGCCAAUGAGGACUACUACUAUUCGUCUGUUGCAUCCGCUGUGCACUAUGACGGUCAAAUGUACGAGAUUCUCCAUCUCAUGGCCCAAGACAUUGGAAUCAAGGGCAUGUUCUCUGACUGGUCAUCUACCGUCACCUAUUAUGCAAACUGCUUUGGUUUGAAGGGCCCGGGAAACGAAUGA